AUGAAAACUAAGGAACCCGGAAAGGCUAAAGAGAUUGUAAUGGAAAAUGAGGAACAACGCGAAGAAGAUGAAGUCCUUGUUAUUGAUGAUUCUAAUAUCCAAACUCUCAAGGAACUUAAAAUUGCACCAUUAGGUAAGAUUUUGGAUAGACGAGGUAAGAAAGCUGGGGAUGUAAUUGCCUCAGAUAGUGCAAGGAGAGAAGGUCGUAAGAAAGUGACAGGUAGUGGAAGGAGAGUAAGGACUGCUAGAGUAAAUUCAAGUGCUCAAGAUGGAAGACAAGAAGGUAUAGAACCAAGUGCUCCGCAAGUUCAAGAAAUUAUUGAACCAAGUGCUCCACAAAUACAGGAAGAUAUUCAACCAAGUGUUCAACCUGAAGCUAGAGAACAAGAAGAAGGACAACCUAGCGGUACGCAAGAAGAAGAAGAAGUUGUAAAGAAGGAAAUCGCUAAGAAAGGAAAACACCUUUUCCGACAACAUUUGAAGUAUCAUUCUGAUGCGGUUCGUCUACUCAAACCCACCGCCGCACCAACAAAAAUGAUGGAUUGUCCUUUAGACGGUGAAUAUGAAAGGUUCAAGACAAUUAUAGCCAACUCGGGGUUAGCUAGUGCUGCCGAGAAUUCAAUGUUGGAACAUGACCGGGUGGCUAUAUCGGAGUUUUUUGAGAGGUUGUAUCCUGAGAACGACACCUUCCAUAUGCCUUUUGGUGAAAUUAUGAUUACCCCAGAUGAUGUUGUGCAGAUUCUUAGACUGGCUGACCAUGGCACAGCUGUUAAGUAUGAGUACACAAAGCUGUUAAGGUGGGAAAAACUUUAUGAGCUAACUAAUUAG